CUUGAAGGCAACGAUUUGGGCUUUCGUGUGUUUCAAAUCCUGGAUGCAUCUUAGUAAAUGUGGGUGCCUAUCCUGUUAUUCUGACUCUCCAAUCUGGCACUUGAUCUUCAGAUCAGAUUGAGAACAAUGCCGUUGGUGCUGCGAUCAUGGCGCCAGUGGAUCCAGCCAGUAGUGAUGCUGCUGUAUGGCAUCAUCCUGGUGAUCUGCCUGCCGGUACUGGUGGUUUACAUGGAGCACGCCGGCACACGCAUCAAGUUCGAGGCAUGGCUGAUCGGCAGCGUGUUCGCCUUUCUCACGCUCCCCAUCGCGCUCUGGGAGAUCAUCAUGCACCUGGUCAACUACACCAAGCCGCCGCUGCAGCAGCGCAUCAUCCGCAUUCUGUGGAUGGUGCCCGUGUACACGCUGAAUGCCUGGAUGGGCCUCACCUUCCCACACUACACCAUCUACUUCGACCUGGGCCGGGAGUGCUACGAGGCCUACGUCAUCUACAACUUCAUGAUGUACCUGCUGAUCACGCUAAACGAGCACAUGGACCUGGAGUCGGUGCUGGCCACGCGCCCGGACCUGGCGCACAUCUGCCCCUUCUGCUGCCUGCGACCGUGGCGCAUGGGACGGGAGCUGGUCCAGCGGUGCAAGCACUUCAUCUUACAGUACACGGUGGUCAGGCCGGUCACCUCCUGCAUUGCAUUCGUGGCCAGCCUGUUCGGCGCGUACGGCGAGGGCACCUUCGAGCCGGACAGGCUGUUCCUGUACGUGGCGCUGGUGAACAACAUCAGCCAGCUUCUGGCCAUGUACUCGCUGGUGCUCUUCUACCGGGCCACCCGCGAGUUCCUCAAGCCGGUCAGGCCGCUGGCCAAAUUCUUAGUCAUCAAGUGCGUCGUCUUCUUCUCGUUCUUCCAGGAGUUCAUCAUCAGCGUGCUGGUGUACGCCGGCGUCAUCUCCACCUGGUUCGGUGUGCAGGACGCUAGCGACGUACACGUCAUCUCUGAGAGCAUUCAGAACUUCCUGAUCUGCAUUGAGAUGCUGCUGGCGGCGAUGGCGCAUAUGUACGCCUUCAGCCACGUGCCGUACCGCGACCCGGACGUGUACCAGGGCGACUGCUGCGCCGCCUUCCGCAACAUGUGGGACGUCAGCGACGUCAGCCAGGACGUCAAGGAACACUUCAGCGUCGUCGGCAGCUCGGUGGCGCGCCGGCUGUCCCGACGGCCGGCGCGCCACGCCUCGGGCGAGCGCGCCCCGCUCCUGGACGAGUCAGCCCCGGACGAGGAGGAGGCCCAGGCCGCCGGCGGCGCGCCCUACACCGAGCUCGACCGCUAACGUCCGACAGGGUCGCCGGGGUCUGGACCGAGCCUAGCGCAGCCGCCACUCAGCUCCGGCGGCUGACCGUCCGUGGCGGCGAGCCUUCUUCGAUGCGCCGUAGGAUGUCUGGCGGCGACCUGUCUCCGAUCCGCCUGAGAAUGUCUGGCGGCGAGCCUUUCCCGAUCCGCCGAGGAUGUCCGGCGGCGAGCUGUCUCCGUUCCUCCUGAGGAUGUCUGGCGGCGAGCCUUUUCCGAUCCGCCGAGGAUGUCCGGCGGCGAGCUGUCUCCGAUCCGCCUGAGGAUGUCUGGCGGCGAGCCUUUUCCGAUCCGCCGAGGAUGUCCGGCGGCGAGCUGUCUCCGAUCUGCCUGAGGAUGCCUGGUGGUGAGCUUUCUCCGAUCUGCCGAGGAUGUCCGGCGGCGAGCUGUCUCCGACCUGCCUGAGGAUGCCUGGUGGUGAUCUUUCUCUUAUCUGCCGAGGAUGUCCGGCGGCGAGCUGUCUCCGAUCCGCCCGAGGCUGUCUGGCGGCGAGCCUUCUCCGAUCCGCCCGAGGAUGUCCGGCGGCGAGCCUUCUCCGAUCCACUCGAGGAUGUCUGACCGAUGGUGAACAAGCGACUCUGGGACGUGGAGUGUAACUUGUGUCAAUGAGGUGGGACACAACUUGGGGGGGGGGGGGGGCGCUCCGCUAUGUAACCGUAUGCUGGUAUUAUGGAGAAAAUUUACAUUUACGCGUUUACUUUCACUGUACAACCACGUGGACCUUGAAUAAGCACCAAUGUUAUGUAGAAGGCUGCACCUGGGGUGCGCUGCAGAUUAGACAAGCACUAGUGUGUUAUCUUAGCGACCUACGGUGUAGUGAGAGACUAGUUAACCCGAAUGUAACACGAGUUGCGAUUGCGCAGUCGUGUUAUGUUCUUCGCUCGUUAUUAGGCCUGUGAUGGGCAGACAGGGCAUGACAUUCCAUAUGUGUUGAAGUGGACCGAAAAGCCAAAAAUGUGGCUUUAUCGUGG